UUGGACGAUGAUGAGGUGAUAAGCGGGUAAGUCAUUGGUUGCUCAUGACGUGCGAAAUGUUAAUGUGGUCCUUACUAAGGCAUGUUAGGGUAUUUACAGUAAAAGUGAGGUUGAUUGCUGUUAUUGCUCAAUCUCACUCACUAGCCACUCGCGAAAGUUAUUGCGUCGUAUUUGAGGCUGAGUUAGUCUCCUCACAUGUUCAUCGUUGAGUGACAGCUGUUACGAAUUAGUAGUACCAGAUAAUUCGUAAUAAAAUUACUCCUAAAAUUAACAAUUUUUGACCCCUCACAACCUGUAACUUCCGCAGACUAGUUCUAAGCCAACAAAGCAUCCUUAAGCAUCCCAAUGACCUGGUUUUUAAAGUAAUUGUAUCAUCUUGGUCUGGGCGCUUAGUCCGGUGGUCUCAAGUUGUUUUUUGAUAGAGUUCUGGCCUAUUUUCUAACCAGCAGCCGGUCUCCACUGGCCAAAUUUGGCCAUACCGGCUGUUAAUGGAGAACCAGGUCCCCCUUGGCCCCUAAUCAUGUAACAAUGACACACAGCACUCUUCUUAACACUAUGACCGAGCAUAUCCUCCCCAAAGGGGAUCUCAUUUGAGCCGGUUCUUGAGCACUUUUAAUGGCCUCAUAAACACUGUUUGUGGUCAAAAAGUGACCAAAAACUCGUAGAUCUAUGUAGGAUCAGUACUAAAUACUGGGCUUCAAAAUUAACCGUGAUUUUACUAGUAAUAAUUUUGGCGUUUUGAGUAGAAUGCCUUUUUUCUAUGUAGGGCGUGGUAGGCUUUUUACGGUUAACGCACUUUAUAUCGAAUUAACUGGUACUGUACGCUUUUUCGAACGGAGAAACAGUUCUUAGUUUACGUAUGUACUUAUGGUAUGAGUUAUGAGACAAGAUUUAAUGGCAUCACAAUUCACAAUUCACAAUAUUACGUACGAGUACGUACCAACUAGAGUCCACAUAUGUACAUUAGAAUACUUCUCGAUAUUUUUGCUUAGAAGGAUACUAUUUAUUUCUCACAAAAUGGUUUGAAAGUCGAAAAAUUGAAAACCACGUUCCGAGUGCCGGUGUUUUUCAUGAUCAUCCCAAAGCAACAACAUAUAUCAAUGCAGAGGACGAAAAAAAAGGAGGAGAAAGCAAUCAUAACCCGAAAGAAAGAAGCGUUCGCGACGAUCGUUGAUCUUCCUUGGUAACACAAAAUAAAUAGCAAUCAUCUGUAUUUGACGGGCCUCAACACGUAACCGAUUGAUAGAGAUUGAUUUGUUAGGUCACCUGGAAGGAACAAAGGGGAGUAAAAAACCAAAUACAAAUGAUACUAGAAACGGAAAAAUAAGUUUUUGAAAAAAAAUAAAACGGACGCUGACAAUGAUUUACAUGCAACACCCACGAUGCUGUUCCGUUGUACAAACAUGUUUUCACGGCUCAACUUAUCGAUAGAAGAAAAAAUCACGAAACCAAUCUUCAAACUUAUUUGAUGAAUAUGUUUUCUUCAAACCAAAAUAUGAUUUUCAUAACUUACACGACAAAUUGAAGGAUACAAAUAUAGGAGGUCAAAGACAUCCCUUCUGGAAUUGUCAAGAUCAGUUCCUCAUUAAAAAAAAACUGAUAAUUCUUUAAAGCUGUAUUGGCUUCUUCAAUUCCAAGGAAUAAAACUGAUAGUGAUUGAUUCUAUCUAUCAACAGGAUGAAGAUAGCCUACCCCAUCAUAUUUUUCAUGGCAAUUAGCAAGAGUGCCUUUGCCCUUAUCGACGAUGAGACUAACACCAACACCACUUCUUCCAAGGUGAUUCAGGAUAGAAAGAAGUAUCUUUCCAACGCCGACCUUUCGAUCAAGAUUGAUCGUAACGACGAAGAUGAUGAGGAUGACGAUGAUCUCAUCGAUAUUCGUUUGUCUCACUUUCCCAUACCUUCUCCCGAUUCGUAUCCGAUAGUUUGGGAUGGCAUUAAACAGAAUACCAAUACUCCCAUCAACAGAUCACUAAAAGGAAGCAAGAAAGAAGAGAAGUCGUUGAAGUUUUCAAAAAAGGAUAAUUUGGAUACUUCGAAGAAAUAUAACGAGCCUCCGACCAAAGCUCCAACUCCCAUUCCUACGAACAAGCCCACUAAACCUCCAACUAAGAGACCAAAGAAGAACAAAAAAUCAGAAAAGAAAGAAUCAAAGAAGGAUGCGAAGUCUGAUAAAAAAGGACCGAAUCCUACAAAGGAACCGACGUUGUCUCCUAAGUCAACUCCUGCGCCUUUUAAGGCAACAAAGUCGAAGAAGGAUACUAAAAAUAGCAAGAAAUCAAAGAAAGAUACCAAUGAGCCUACACCAGUUCCAUCUUUUGCGCCAACUCGGCGUCCUACUCCGGUUCCAUCUUAUGUGCCAACGAGACGUCCGACACCAGUUCCGUCUCCAGUGCCAACGAGACGUCCGACACCAGUUCCGUCUCCAGUGCCAACUGGACGCCCGACUCAAGCUCCAUCUCCUGAUCCCACAAGGAGCCCGACACCUAUUCCGUCUCCAGUGCCAACUGGACACCCGACUCAAGCUCCAUCUCCUGUUCCCACGAGACGCCCGACACCAGCUCCAUCUCCAGUGCCAACUGGACGACCGACACCAGUUCCGUCUCCAGUGCCAACUGGACGCCCGACACCAGCUCCGUCUCCUGGGCCCACUAGACGUCCGACUCCAGUUCCAUCUCCUUGGCCAUCUAGACGUCCUUCCAGACGCCCAACACCAGAUCCGUCGCAUGUGCCAUCUAGACGUCCUUCCAGACGUCCGACGCAGUCUCCUUCUCCUCGACCAUCUAGACGUCCUUCCAGACGUCCUAGCACCGCCCCCUCCCCCAAACCGACGGAAGUCCCCUCUACUUCCCCCUCUACGAGACCGACGAUUAAACCGUCUGCGAAUCCAAGUGCCAACCCAACCGCUGCUCCCACCAGUAUCAUUCCAUCCACAUUUCCAAGCAUUUAUCAUAGUGCGAGACCUUCUUUGAGACCCUCGAGAAACCCAUCUAUAGUGCCCAGUACAAGUCCAUCGGCAAAGCCGAGUGCGAGCCCCUCGAUUGUACCUACUGUAGUUCUAUCUAGUGAAAGUCCAUCCGUAGAACCGAGUGCAAAACCGUCAGGAAAGCCUUCAGCAUUUCCCAGUUCAACGCCAUCGCUUGCACCGAGUACAAGUUCAUCAUUGGAACCCAGAGCAAGCUUAUCGGUCCAGCCAAGCACAAAUCAAUCGGAAAGUCCAUCUGCUGACCUUUCGAGUGCUCCUAGUUUCUCACCAACGCUGAGCACUUCUAGUGAAUCGUCUGUGUCAUCCAGCGAAAUGCCAUCUUCUGUUCCUACCGACACUAUUGUUGGAGCUCAAGGCGCUGCUUUUGCAAGUACAGGCUUGAUUGGGGCCAUGGCCGUCUUGGCACUUUUGAUUGGAGGUGGAGUUAUGUUUCAAUGCACGAAAAAGAAAAACCGAGAACAUACUGACCAUACCUUUGACGACGAUGACGAUGAUUUCAUUGAUUUCGACAACGAGUCAUCUACUACCCCGAGAUUUGGUGUCCCUUCGUUCAAUUGGGGAGGCCUGGACAACGGUCGAAGGAUGAACGGAGAAAUCCCUGUUGGCGUCGAAGACACCUGUAGAUCUUUUGAAGAGGAUGCCUAUGAAUAGGGGAGCAUAGAAUUAAAGAAAGAAAAGGAUUAGAAAUCCGAAAGAUAAAUUCAGUGUUGUUUG